GCUGUGAGUACCCCUGUUAGAACCCACGGACACGGAAGGCGCUGCCAUCCACACCACACCCUACACAGCAACAGAAAAAAGUAAUCAAUCUGGAGAGCUGCAGAGAACAAAGCAUGGAUCUGGUGACGGGGGCGAUGGGUAGCCUCGCCGCCAAGCUCAGGGAGCUGCUCAAGGAAGAGUACAACCUGCAGAAGGUUGUGAAGAAGCAAGUCGAGUCUCUCUCACGAGAGCUUGAGAUCAUUCACACCGCCCUCUGCAAGUGCAAGGUGUCCGAUUUGCCUCCGGACCAGCUUGAUCCACAGGUCAGCUGGGUUCGUGAAGUCACGGAGGCGUCGUAUGAGAUGGAGCUCGUCAUCGACACCUUCCUGAAGUCCCUGAAGGAGUGCCCUGAGCCAGCCGAUUCGGACGGGCUCAAAGGCUGCCUGCAAAAGAUGGGCAGCCUGUUCAAUAAGGGCAAGGCUCUCCAUGGGAUUGCUAGUGCGAUUGAAGACAUGGAGGAUCAACUCCAGGAGAAGGCAGAACAGCGUGGCAAACUCAAAGUCGAUGAUAUUGUGCCUAAGCCUUCUGUGACGUCAUCGUCGACUAUUGAUCCAUACAUCUUGGCUCUCUACACACACGCAUCACUGGAUGGCGUCGAUGAGCCAAGGGAUGCGCUUGUAAGGAUGCUAUCCGUGGUGGAUAAUGACGCCUGCAACAAGAAGAUGAAGAUACUAUCUAUUGUUAGAUCUGAAGGACUGGGGAAGACUUCUCUUGCCCAAGAAGUGUUUGACAAGCUUCUACCGCAAUUUGAUUGUGGGGCGUUUGUUCAGGUGGGCCAGAAUCCUGAUUUGAGGAAAGUUUUCACUGACAUUCUCGUCGGUCUUGACAAUCAAAAGUACAAAAAGAUCUCUCUGAUGAUAUUGGAUUUAAUGGAGCUGAUGGGGUUACUCCGUAAAUCCCUCAUAAACAAAAGGUUCUUUGUUGUAGUUGACGAUAUAUGGGAUUCAAAAGCAUGGGAGAUUAUAAAAUGUGCUUUGAUAGAAAAUAGCAACGGCAGUGCAGUUCUGACGACAAGUCGCGACACUGUUAUUACUGAGUUUAUUGGUGGCAAAUUGCCCCCUCUUUCAGCAACUGACUCUAAAAAAAUAUUCUGCAAAAAGUUGUUUGGUUCUGAAGACAAGUGUCCUCCUGAACUGGAAAACAUUUCUGAAAAACUUAUAGAAACAUGUGAUGGAAUACUAUCAGUCAUCAUUGAUACAGUGGAAUUGCUCGCAAGUAAACCAUCGACAGCGGAGGACUGGCAGGCAGUGUAUGACAGAAGAAUAUUAGCUCUCUCUUAUCCUGAUCUACCUGACUAUCUAAAAAAUUGCUUACUGUAUCUUAGUAUGUUUCAAAAGGGUUAUGAGAUUAGUGGAGAACGCUUAGUAUGGGGGUGGAUAGCUGAAGGUUUCGUACAGGAGGCUCAAGGACAGACUUUGCAGGAAGUAGGUGAGAGCUACCUCAGUGAGCUCAUAAAGAAAAAGAUGAUCGAAGCAGUGGAAGUUGAUGCUGAUGGUAAGGCCCUAUCUUGCCGUGGGUACAACUUUGGGCACGACUUUAUCAUCUCAAAGUCAACUGAAGCAAACUUUGUUACAAUUUUAGAUGGUCCGCAAGGCAGAUCUUUGCCGGAUACAGUUCACCGGCUGUCCAUCCAGAAAAACAAUGUAGUACACUCCCUGCCACAAGGGCGCUUGUCCCUUGUGAGGUCACUUGUUGUCUCUGGUGAUAGUGAUACUAUGCCAUCCCUCUCAGAUUUUCCGUAUCUACGUGUUUUGGAUUUAGGGGGCUGUGAUUCUUUGCAGGAUGAUCAUCUCAAGGGUAUUCAUAAUUCACGUUCUUUGAAAUAUCUGGUCAUAGGAGGUAAAUGUAUCACUGGCAUUCCGAAAGAAAUUAUGAAUCUUAAUUCUUUGCAGACACUGGAUUUAAGUGCAAGUGGUCUAAAUGAAUUGCCGGAAAGUGUUUUCUUCUUAAGACAAUUGGAACGCCUAUGCGUUAAUAGUCAUAUGAAGAUACCAGAUGGGAUCGGGAAAAUGUCAUCUUUACAAGAGCUAGGCGACAUCAACAUCAGUAAGCCAGAGUUACUGAAAGAACUCUGUAAUCUAACUAAGUUGUGGGUUCUUAGAAUUGCCAUCUGGUCAUGGGAUGAGAGUUUGAAGAGCUCUGUUAAACAACUGCAAGACAACCUUCGUUCACUGGUCCAGUUCAAAGAAAACAUCCAGAGUCUCUCCAUUUUGACAUGCUGCUCCCUGGAUUUCAUGGAUGAUUUGGGUGCUGAAUGGGCCCCUCCAAGUCUCCAAAAGCUUGAGAUAAGGUACAGCUGCUUCGAUGCAAAGCCAAGAUGGAUUGACUCACUUCAGAACCUCUCCUCGUUAUCAAUCGAGGUCUACAAGUUGUCACAGGAGAUCAUUGAUAGGCUGGGGGAGUUACCUACUCUUUAUUCCUUCUCCCUGACAUCGAAACAUGCACCACAAGGAAAGUUUGGCAUCGACUCUGAUCGAUUCAAGAAUCUAGCAAACUUACAGUUUGCGAGUAAGGCUAUGCUAAAGAUGUUUGCACCAGAAACACAAGGUAUGCAAAAGCUCAAAAGGCUUACGCUUUUGUUCCAAGCUUCACGGACAGAAGAUAUAAACCGUGAUUUCAGUUUUGGCUUGGAGAAUCUGUGUUCGCUAGAGCACGUUCGUGUUGAAAUAAUAUGUUCGAAUGCGAGUCGUCGGGUGGUGGAGACUGCAGAAGCUGCAAUUCGGAAAGCAAUAUCCACGGAUCGCAGCUGUCACCCAGAUCUGGAAAUACGAAGAGUUCAGGAAGAAAGUAUGAUAGCGGAGGGUGAAACAAAAUACAGGGGGGGCCAAUUGCUCAAUGUUUAUCAACAAACUAUACCAGUCCCACAAUAUCAUUUUAGAUGAGAACGAGAAGGCAAGGAAAGAGGAGUGUGUGCUGACUGCCUGUCUGCCUGACUGGUGGUGCCGUGGUGGUGGGUUGAUGUAUAGGCCUUGUAGCUGCUUUUUCAUGGGCUGAUUUGCUAUGGGCUAUAUGGGGCUGGGCUGGGAUGCCCGGGUCUUAGGAAUUUUGUUCCGGGCAAGGGGGGCCCGAGCCCAGAUUGGUCUCCACUAGGCUCUGCCAGUGAGUGGAAGUGGACCUUUGUGAUACAGAACAAGGGCAGAAGAAGGAAAUGAAGUGGAAGAACACGAAGAGUUCAAGCAAGAAGAUCAGAGUUACUGCAAAAGUGUUCCAACAAAAACGGAGAAAGGAGUUGCUACAAAAUAUCAGCCCAUUUCUCGUCAACUCAAAAGCCACACUUAUGACCCUUCACAGGCUCCUUAAUACUUCUGGCUAGGGUUCGCGCGAGGAAGGCUCACGAAGACCCUAAUAACACCUAUGUGGCUUCUUUCAAGUACAUGCAUCUUACAAGAUUGGUUCAACUCGUGUAGUAACACUGUUUAAGAGAUAUCAUACUAUGUACUCAUCCCAGAAAAUAAAAUAUUUUGUCGUCCUAUGGUUUUUUAGGAUAGUCCUAAUAGGUUGCAUGCGGUAAGAUCCAA